ACUCCGACAUCGCUCUUAUCUCCAUGUAAAGGUUUACUGCAGAGUGAAGGGACGUUAUUUUAGUGUUAGUUGUGGUAAAAGCUACACCGUUUAUAAGACCGUGUGUGUAACCUGAUCAGGUUAUGCAUUUGUGUGGAGCAAGGAUUAGUGUUUGGUGUUUCCAUGGCAACCGUGAGGGCACGGAUCCAGAAAGCUGCUCGAGUUAAUUAUUUCCGUCUCAGCGGAACCUGAUCUGAGUAUAAUAAUUACACACACACACACACACACACACACACAUGGCGAAUAGAGGAGUGUGUAAAGUGCUCACCUUACCCCUCAGUGUGACAGGUGUACUCUAUAACACCUGCACUAACACUGCGCCGACUGCUUUAUUACCGCCAGACGCUGAGUCUGCGUUAUUCACGUUGCUGAGUCCGACCCUCGAUACGUUAUUUUUCGUCUGAUUUAACGUGAGCCUGUUCUUGAACACUGCGCUUCGCUUUUAGUGGCGUGACCUCCGUGUUUCAGCUGAGACCACAUAGCUCAACAUACAUAUGAUACAACGUGUUUCCACCACGGGAAAAGUCUUCAGGGCAGACGAGUUCACGCUUCUGCUCCGUUUCUCAGGAACGUGACAAGCUGUGCUUUUGUCUCAUUAACUUCAAAGACAGAGAAUAUAAAGAUCGAGAGAGAGCGGCAAGGGAGUGAGUGUUUAUAGCUGCUGUUAUGGCAGUAACACACAGGAACUCGCUCGUCUCACAACAUUAACUAGAACUAUAAACGGAUAAACAGUGAUAACAUCGAUCUUUAUUCCCAUUCAGUCUCAGAGUUCCUUCUCACGGUAUCAGCACAGGGAGAGUUUUAUUUCUUAUGUUCUCUCUCUCUCUCUCUCUCUGUAGUAAAGUCACACCACUCUGUGUAAAAUGUGAGCGCAUGAUUCCUAAAAUAAAGUCCUGAGUCUCUCAUCAGUUCUCUGUUCCAGGACACACGGCGUGUGUGUUGUUCCAGCUCGUGCUGAUCAGCUGGGUGAGAAGAUGCAGACGGAGGUGUGCAGCACUUCAGACGGCAGGACGUCGAGCUCGGCGGGACACCUCGCUCCUGUGAACCGGCAGAGGAACGGAGAGAUCUGGGAGAAACCUCUGAAAGAGGAAGAAACUCAUGACGAUGAGGAUUUCCUCUAUGGAGGAACGUCAAGCUCUCUGGAAGACCUCACCCCUGAGGACCAGCAGAACCUGGGAUUGCAGAUCAUUCUAAAAGAAGAAGAACCGGAACAUGAUGACUACCUCUACUGCGAGGAGUGCAAAACUUACUUCGUCAACAAGUGCGAUGUUCACGGUCCGGCUCUCUUCAUCCCCGACGUUGCGGUUCCACUAGGGGUCGCUGACCGAGCCAAACAAACCCUUCCUCCAGGGCUGGAGAUUCGGAAGUCCAGUAUUCCCGACGCGGGCCUGGGAGUGUUUAACAACAGCGACACUAUUCCAGUGGGUGUGCACUUCGGGCCGUACCAGGGAGACAUGGUGGACCGAGAGGAAGCCAUGAACAGCGGCUACUCCUGGGUGGUCUACCAGAGCGAGCAGUGUGAGAAAUACAUCGAUGCCACGUCUGAGAUGAAUUCGAACUGGAUGAGGUACGUGAACUGUGCUCGUAAUGAGAGAGAGCAGAAUCUGGUGGCGUUUCAGUAUCAGGGUGGGAUUCUGUACCGCUGCAGUCAGCCGAUCGAACCCGGGCAGGAGCUGUUGAUGUGGUACGAGGAGGAUUACGCCAAGGAUGUGACCUUUGAUUUUCUCUGGAACAAAAAGUGCUCAGAAAACAAUAUGAACUACACCUUUCUCCAAAUCUUCACUUGCUCGUUAUGUCCACUGUCCUACACAUCUGAAAUUUACCUCCACAAACACAUCAAGCGUUGCCACUACGAGGAGUACCUGAGACGCCUAAACUCAGGAGAGAUCGUCGGCCUCCCGGUUAACUCGUCUCAGGAGCAGCUAGAGAGAAACAAUUACCACUGCUCUUUCUGUGGGAAGGGUUUUACUUAUCAGAGCGCUCUCCAGAGACACCAGCGCUUUCACACGGGCGAGAGGCCGCACAAGUGCGCGCAGUGUGGGAAGAGUUUUACUCUCCCGGGCGGUCUCCAGCUUCACCAGCGCAUUCACACCGGAGAGAAACCGUACGAGUGCCCACAGUGUGGAAAGAGCUUCAGCGAGAAAGCAGCGCUCCGGAGACACCAGCGGAUUCACACUGGAGAGAAACCAUAUCCCUGCUUACAGUGCGGAAAGAGUUUCACUGAGAAAGCAGCGCUUCAGAGACACCAGCGCAUUCACACCGGAGAGAAACCGUAUCACUGCCUGCAGUGCGGAAAGAGUUUUAACCAGCAGAGUCAUCUGGAGAAGCACCAGCGCAUUCACACCGGAGAGAAGCCGUAUCACUGCUUACAGUGUGGGAAGAGUUUCAGUCAGCUGAGUAACCUCCGAAAGCACCAGCGCACACACGCACAGAAACUCUUUUAAUGACUGAAGGUUUUUUUCUUUCUAAAAGAAAAUCUGAUUUUCAUGCAUUAACACACACUAUUAUUUUUCUGAACACGUGUUUCUAAACACCGCAGAAGGCCGGGAUCAGGACGGCGAUGAACACAGCUCACCGAGCAGCCAGGACGACGUACAGGCCCGAGUCACACCCCACACAGCAUGACUGAAACGGCGCAGACGCUGGCCGUAUUUAAAUAACUAUAUGCAAAUAUAGAAGAAGGUAUCUCCUACUCCUGAUCAGACAUGAUUGUUUAAACAGAUAAUUCUGUAUAGUAAUAAUCUGGUUUUGGAAAAGGAAAAAAAAUCUCUCAGGGUGUUUUCACAUUAGCGAUCAUUUCCAAGAAGUCUGGUUCGUUCAGAUCAGUGAGAACGCAAAUGUUCCCACUCAGGAGCCACGUCCAAGUCUCGAGGAUUCUCUUGAGUAUGACACGGCCUACUCUGACACGGAUCAAGCCAGAUAUGGAACCAAUCAUACCUGAGCAUGGAAGUAGAUCGCUGUUUAGAUGCGAUGCCAUCUUUGCUGUCCGUCUCCUUCGUAAAUCUCAAUGUGUUGCACGCUCUGACCUACACAGCCAAAGCUGAUACAGGAAUAAGGCACAUGAGAGCGCCACUCGUGCCUUUUUUUUUCUUAAUAUAUCAAUAAUAUUAGACAUAGCACGGAGGUUAACUUCUUCGUUGUCUUGUGUUUAAUGGUGGCUCACAAACCAAUUAGCUGCAUACUGCCAUCUGCCGUAUCGGAGAGAAAAUACACAAUUGUACACGUGUACAGAGAAUAAUAAUAAUGUGAACGCUGGCCACCAAUCGUGGGAGGAGGAGCAGUCAUUUUUGAGCAUGGUACAAAUCAAUCGUGUCCUAAAGUGAAAACGCCUUGAGAGUUUUGCUGUACUAAUAAACUCACUCGUGUUGUCAGUGAUUUGAACUUGA